UUUUGCCCCAUUUCAUUUUCCCACAAAAACAUUUCAUUUCCCUCAAAAGCAGAUCAGAAAACCUUUUGGUAUAGAAAAUUCUCUUUUACUCUUCACUAUCAUUCGCAUUGUUCAUCAUCAUUCUUCAUUUUGACGAAGUUUGUCCCUAAUGGUCAUUCUAUCUCAAAGACCAUCACAGAAAAUUUUAAGGAACGACAAGAUACUACAGGAUACACAUGGAGAGGUGUGACUGAAUCCACUCGUAAAUUCUAUUGGCAUGAACUCAUGAAAUCAUAUCAGUGGAAUCCUACAGAGAACUUCAUAAUCGAAUGUACUUGGAAGAAGGUGGCAUCCAACUUAUAUACAAAAAGAACGUAUCAUUGGCGAAGAGAAAUAAACAAACCAAAUUUUGUAUUGGAUGAUGUUUGGCAAAGCUGGAAGACAUAUUGGGCUUAUGAAGAAUUUAAGAAUAAAUCUCAUAUUGCAACUCAAAAUCGAUGUAGUGAAACUGGUGGUCCGGGCACUGGUCCAAUCAAGCAUACCGGUGGUUUCAGGUCAACAGUGGAGCAUACUAUAAAAUUGCAACCGAAAUGGGCCGUGAACCAAAUUCAUGGGAGAUAUUUAAGAAGUUGCACUUAAAAAAGGAUGACAGUUUUGUUGAUGCCAAGCCGAAGAGCAUUAAU